AUGGGGCGGAGGGAGAGUGUGAUGGGGCGGAGGGAGAGUGUGAUGGGGCGGAGGGAGAGUGUGAUGGGGCGGAAGGAGAGUGUGAUGGGGCGGAAGGAGAGUGUGAUGGGGCGGAAGGAGAGUGUGAUGGGGCGGAGGGAGAGUGUGAUGGGGCGGAGGGAGAGUGUGAUGGGGCGGAAGGAGAGUGUGAUGGGGCGGAAGGAGAGUGUGAUGGGGCGGAAGGAGAGUGUGAUGGGGCGGAAGGAGAGUGUGAUGGGGCGGAAGGAGAGUGUGAUGGGGCGGAAGGAGAGUGUGAUGGGGCGGAAGGAGAGUGUGAUGGGGCGGAAGGAGAGUGUGAUGGGGCGGAGGGAGAGUGUGAUGGGGCGGAAGGAGAGUGUGAUGGGGCGGAGGGAGAGUGUGAUGGGGCGGAGGGAGAGUGUGAUGGGGCGGAGGGAGAGUGUGAUGGGGCGGAAGGAGAGUAUGAUGGGGCGGAAGGAGAGUGUGAUGGGGCGGAAGGAGAGUGUGAUGGGGCGGAAGGAGAGUGUGAUGGGGCGGAAGGAGAGUGUGAUGGGGCGGAAGGAGAGUGUGAUGGGGCGGAAGGAGAGUGUGAUGGGGCGGAAGGAGAGUGUGAUGGGGCGGAAGGAGAGUGUGAUGGGGCGGAAGGAGAGUGUGAUGGGGCGGAAGGAGAGUGUGAUGGGGCGGAAGGAGAGUGUGAUGGGGCGGAAGGAGAGUGUGAUGGGGCGGAAGGAGAGUGUGAUGGGGCGGAAGGAGAGUGUGAUGGGGCGGAGGGAGAGUGUGAUGGGGCGGAAGGAGAGUGUGAUGGGGCGGAGGGAGAGUGUGAUGGGGCGGAGGGAGAGUGUGAUGGGGCGGAGGGAGAGUGUGAUGGGGCGGAAGGAGAGUGUGAUGGGGCGGAAGGAGAGUGUGAUGGGGCGGAAGGAGAGUGUGAUGGGGCGGAGGGAGAGUGUGAUGGGGCGGAAGGAGAGUGUGAUGGGGCGGAAGGAGAGUGUGAUGGGGCGGAAGGAGAGUGUGAUGGGGCGGAAGGAGAGUGUGAUGGGGCGGAAGGAGAGUGUGAUGGGGCGGAAGGAGAGUGUGAUGGGGCGGAAGGAGAGUGUGAUGGGGCGGAAGGAGAGUGUGAUGGGGCGGAAGGAGAGUGUGAUGGGGCGGAGGGAGAGUGUGAUGGGGCGGAAGGAGAGUGUGAUGGGGCGGAGGGAGAGUGUGAUGGGGCGGAGGGAGAGUGUGAUGGGGCGGAGGGAGAGUGUGAUGGGGCGGAACGAGAGUGUGAUGGGGCGGAAGGAGAGUGUGAUGGGGCGGAAGGAGAGUGUGAUGGGGCGGAGGGAGAGUGUGAUGGGGCGGAAGGAGAGUGUGAUGGGGCGGAAGGAGAGUGUGAUGGGGCGGAAGGAGAGUGUGAUGGGGCGGAAGGAGAGUGUGAUGGGGCGGAAGGAGAGUGUGAUGGGGCGGAAGGAGAGUGUGAUGGGGCGGAAGGAGAGUGUGAUGGGGCGGAAGGAGAGUGUGAUGGGGCGGAAGGAGAGUGUGAUGGGGCGGAAGGAGAGUGUGAUGGGGCGGAGGGAGAGUGUGAUGGGGCGGAAGGAGAGUGUGAUGGGGCGGAGGGAGAGUGUGAUGGGGCGGAGGGAGAGUGUGAUGGGGCGGAGGGAGAGUGUGAUGGGGCGGAAGGAGAGUGUGAUGGGGCGGAAGGAGAGUGUGAUGGGGCGGAAGGAGAGUGUGAUGGGGCGGAAGGAGAGUGUGAUGGGGCGGAAGGAGAGUGUGAUGGGGCGGAAGGAGAGUGUGAUGGGGCGGAAGGAGAGUGUGAUGGGGCGGAAGGAGAGUGUGAUGGGGCGGAAGGAGAGUGUGAUGGGGCGGAAGGAGAGUGUGAUGGGGCGGAAGGAGAGUGUGAUGGGGCGGAGGGAGAGUGUGAUGGGGCGGAAGGAGAGUGUGAUGGGGCGGAGGGAGAGUGUGAUGGGGCGGAGGGAGAGUGUGAUGGGGCGGAGGGAGAGUGUGAUGGGGCGGAAGGAGAGUGUGAUGGGGCGGAAGGAGAGUGUGAUGGGGCGGAAGGAGAGUGUGAUGGGGCGGAAGGAGAGUGUGAUGGGGCGGAAGGAGAGUGUGAUGGGGCGGAAGGAGAGUGUGAUGGGGCGGAAGGAGAGUGUGAUGGGGCGGAAGGAGAGUGUGAUGGGGCGGAAGGAGAGUGUGAUGGGGCGGAAGGAGAGUGUGAUGGGGCGGAGGGAGAGUGUGAUGGGGCGGAGGGAGAGUGUGAUGGGGCGGAGGGAGAGUGUGAUGGGGCGGAGGGAGAGUGUGAUGGGGCGGAGGGAGAGUGUGAUGGGGCGGAGGGAGAGUGUGAUGGGGCGGAGGGAGAGUGUGAUGGGGCGGAGGGAGAGUGUGAUGGGGCGGAGGGAGAGUGUGAUGGGGCGGAGGGAGAGUGUGAUGGGGCGGAGGGAGAGUGUGAUGGGGCGGAGGGAGAGUGUGAUGGGGCGGAGGGAGAGUGUGAUGGGGCGGAGGGAGAGUGUGAUGGGGCGGAGGGAGAGUGUGAUGGGGCGGAGGGAGAGUGUGAUGGGGCGGAGGGAGAGUGUGAUGGGGCGGAGGGAGAGUGUGAUGGGGCGGAGGGAGAGUGUGAUGGGGCGGAGGGAGAGUGUGAUGGGGCGGAGGGAGAGUGUGAUGGGGCGGAGGGAGAGUGUGAUGGGGCGGAGGGAGAGUGUGAUGGGGCGGAGGGAGAGUGUGAUGGGGCGGAGGGAGAGUGUGAUGGGGCGGAGGGAGAGUGUGAUGGGGCGGAGGGAGAGUGUGAUGGGGCGGAGGGAGAGUGUGAUGGGGCGGAGGGAGAGUGUGAUGGGGCGGAAGGAGAGUGUGAUGGGGCGGAGGGAGAGUGUGAUGGGGCGGAGGGAGAGUGUGAUGGGGCGGAGGGAGAGUGUGAUGGGGCGGAGGGAGAGUGUGAUGGGGCGGAGGGAGAGUGUGAUGGGGCGAGCCCCACUUCGUAGCACCAGUAUGAGCUUGAUGGGUGAGUCUAUACAGGGGAUGAACGGGGAGAGGCAGCUUAUACAGGGGAUGGACGGAGAGAGGCGGUUUAUACAGAGGAUGAGGAGCGGGGGGAUGGUGGGAGUCCGGGCAGAAGGGAUGGCUGGUGGAAUGGAAGGAGCAGGGCGAGGAGGAAGGGGAGGGAGAGGAGAAAGAGGAGGUAGGGGAGGGAGAGGAGGGGGAGGAGGGAGAGGAGGUAUUGGAGAUGGGAGAUUGAUGCGGCUAGUGACGGCUGGAGGGAGCAUGGGCAUAGUGGAGAGGCAUGGGAUGAAUGGUGGUGGGGGCAUGGGUGGUGCUGCCGGCAUGGGAAGCAGAGGCGGUGCUGGAAGGAUGGGGCCCAUGCGCCAUGCACACAUGAGCAGGAUGGGUAUGAGGCGGUGCGGCAGCUUGAACAUGUCUGCUGACGUGGACGCGCCUUAUUGGGCUCGUCAUGCUGAUGACGCGGACGAGUUCCAAGAAGAAUCGCAUGCUGACGUGGAUGGAACGUGGGGUGUAGAUAUUUGCCGAUUACCACUCGCCAGCAUCACUGCAGCAGCCAUAACGCAUCGGCAGCAUUAG